AUGCCUCCCAGAUUACGGUUCUCAGCAUGCUCGAAGUUCUCCCAAAACCUCCAGCACGAGUGCGGAAGGCAGACCAGAACUACAUUCAGAACUGUUGCCAUCUCACCUUCUUUGAGCUCCUCUCCUAGCUACAUACGGGCGGCUUCUACUGCCUCCGCCGUCGCUUCACUCCCUUCUUCGCAAUAUCCACCCACCCAACCUCCUUCUCAUCGUCGACCGGAAUUCCGCAAAUCACAACUUCACCGACAAUACACCUCCCUCCUACGCACCAUGCCUCUGAUACUUCUAUUUCAGCAAAACAACCUCAAAGCUGUUGAAUGGGUAAAUAUACGCCGCGAAUUGGCCAAAGCAUUAAGGAAAGUGGACGAAGAGCACGUCGCCAACGGCAGAACGGAUAUUCCGCCAUUGGCCGAGGCCAUCAAGAUCCAGACCAUCCAAACUAGCAUUUUUGAAGUCGCGCUGCGAAUAGUUGACUUCUACCGCCCUGAGACGAUAACGGAAGCCGCAGACCACACAUCGCCUUUAACCCACGACCUCUCCCACGCCGCAUACCAAGCUGUCCGCGACAAGCGCGGAAAGCACGAACUCGCAACGCUACUCACGGGCUCCAUUGCGAUCGUCACGUUCCCCCAUGUGUCGCCGGAGCACGUCAAGGCCGCUCUGUCGAUUCUCGCACCUCAGCCCCCGGCCUUUCCUGCCCCCCUCCGCCGGGCCAACCCGAGCUACUACGAGCUUCCCACGCAGCUAGGCUUGCAGAAGCUAAUGCUUUUGGGCGCGAGGGUGGAAGGAAAAGCGUUUGAUGAUGUGGGCACGAGAUGGAUUGGCGGGAUUGCCGGUGGUAUGGCUGGCCUGCGUGCCCAAUUGGUGCAUGUGUUGCAGUCUGCGGGAGCUAGCCUUACGGGUGCUCUGGAGGGCGCGGGUAAGAGUCUGUAUCUUACGAUGGAGAGCCGAAGGAGUGUUUUGGAAGAGGAGCAGAAUGGUGGAAAGAAGGAGGAGUGA